AUGGCGGUAAUGGAGGCCAUCGCUUAUGCUGAAUCUCCCACUAAAGUAGAAAGUCGUUCGAGAGAGAGGGGAACUUCGAACGAGACAUAUGCUACUCUAUUGUACGGAGAGGAAUUUUUUCUUGGAAAAUUGAUUCGUAACAGUGGAUUCAAGAAAGACAUGUUUGUUGUGGUGUCUGAUGGAGUCUCUGAUUGCCUACAACCUCCUCCACGAUUAAUCCAUGGGGAAGUUACAUGCUUAGAGAAUGAGAGGCAAGCACUCCUCCGCUUCAAACAAGGCAUAGCUGAUCCCUUGGACAUGCUGUCAACAUGGAGGGACAAUGAUUGUUGCAAAUGGCAGCGAAUUACAUGCAGCAACCAAACAGGUCAUGUACUCCGCCUUCAUCUCCGUGGAUCAUAUUCACAUUAUUUAUCUGGUCGACCUAAUAUCUCCACCUUGAUUGACUUGCAAAAUCUUCAACAUUUAGAUCUCAGUUCCAAUAGUUUUCUUGAUGGUAAUAUCUCAGAACACAUUGGCUUGUUUACCAAGCUAAGACAUCUCAAUCUGUCAUAUUCCGAGUUUCGUGGGAGUAUUCCUUAUCAACUAGGGAAUCUUACACAUUUACAGUAUUUGGAUCUGAGCUACAAUGGUCUUGAUGGAUUUAUCCCAUAUCAACUCAAACACUUGAGACAACUACAAUAUCUCAGUCUUCGAGGGUAUCUUGAACUUUCAGGAGCAAUCCCUUUUCAAAGUGGUGAUCUUCCAUUGCUGCACACUCUCAAGCUCGGUGGUGACUUUGAUCUCGAAAGUAAAGGUGUAGAAUGGGUGUCUAAUCUCUCCUUUUUAAAUACUCUUGACUUCAGUUCAAUGAGUCUUGGCAACUCUCACCAGUGGCUUCAAAUGAUUCGUAAGCAUAUUCCAAACUUAACAGAACUGAGGUUGUUCGAUUGCAGUAUUUAUGACAAUGAUGUUCGAUUUUUGUUUGAUAUUCAUUCCAACUAUUCUUCCACAACUUCCCUUACCAUCCUUGAUUUAUCUUAUAAUAUGUUGACAUCAUUCACAUUUCAAUUGUUGUCCAACUUCAGCUCUAACCUUCGGGAGCUUUAUCUUUCACAUAAUAGUAUUGUCUUGUCACAAUCUCAUUACCCAAACUUUCCUUCUCUAGUGAGCCUUGACCUUUCUUAUAAUAAUCUCACUUCAUUAGUGUUUCAAGGAAAUUUCAACUUCAGCUCCAACCUUGAAAUGCUUGAUUUGUCAAAUUGCAGUCUUACGGAUACAAGUUUUCUCGUGUCAUCUACUUCCAUUGUGAAUUCUUCAUCUUCUCUUGUUAGCCUUUAUCUCUCCCUUAACCUGUUGACAUCAUCAAACAUAUUCCACUGGAUUUUCAACUUCACAGCCAAUCUUCACACCCUUUCUCUUGAUAACAACUUGUUAGAAGGCCCUGUUCCACUAGGUUUUGACAAAGCAAUGAACUCUCUUGAAUAUCUCUCUCUCUCUCUCAUAACAAUCUGCAAGGAGAGAUUCCCCAUUUCUUUGGAAACAUUUGCACACUACAAUCACUAUACUUGUCAUAUAACAACUUGA